AUGCACCCUGUAGCACUGGGGUCACUUCAAGUGCACAACGUAGUCAAGGAAAACCAAGAAACACGGGAUCUGCAUGAAGAACGACUGGAUUUACUAGGAAGAAAUGAUAAAUAUGUGUCCCUGGUCAACUUCAGCAUCCCUCAGCUCUGUCAGUUCACAGUGUGCAUUGACCUAAACCGGACAGCCAAUGUCAGCUCGUGGGCAGCAUUUUCCUAUGACACUAACACCACCUCCACUGACAUAAAUGACUUAGAACUCGGGCUCUCUGGAGAAAACAAGCACCUGAGACUGUAUCUUUUUGGCACCAAACGAGACAUUGAGAUCGACCUGGCCCUUUUUGUGUGGUAUAGUGUGUGCUGCUUGUGGGACACCGGAAAACAGCUGCUGGAGGUCUACUGCAAUGGGAACCUGGUGCACAGCGAAGCCCUGGGCAGCACAGGGUGCCUGAAACCGAAUGGCAGCCUCGUGCUGGGCCACCUGCACAAGAGAAGGGAUGGCUUCAUCGUGAGGAUCAGCAACAGCUUCAUCGGCAGCUUGUACUACUUCCAGCUGUGGGACCGUGUGCUGGGUCAGGAAGAGCUGCUGGGCUGUGCCAUGGGCAGCACUGUCAGCUGGAAGGAGGAGUACUGGAAUUUCAGCAGCGUCCUCCCCGUCGCGGACCAUCGGCUGCGCUGCGGCUUGAGGGAAGCAUCAUCAACAGGUGCUCCUACACUGCCCCCAUUACCUCUGACCAGUAGUACCAACGGUGUCGUUCCAGUCACCUUCUUUAAUGUUCAUAUGAACUUUUCUCUUUUCUACAAAACCAAGAGAGCUCCUGAUUACUAUGAUGCAAGGAGGCUUCUUGAACACUGGUUUAGUAUAAUCUUUACCGGAGAAGAAUUUGUUGUGACAAACUUUAAAAUCAGGAGUAAUUAUCUACAAAGCAGUGCCUAUAGGAGGACUCGUGGGAAGGUAAAGCGGAUGUCACAAAGCUAUAUCUGUAAGGCAAUUAUAAAGGCCACCUCUCUGGAAAUACAAGAAGUGCUGAGUCUCAGGAUCAAACAGCUGUUGAAUGACAUAUAUGAAGACGGACCAUUAUCCUUGCAUGUGAAACCUGAAGAUGUGGCUGUGAAGUCAAUAGCACUGAUGGAUUGUCCAGAAAGCUUUUCACACACAAGGUACAAGGGGAGUUAUUCCUGGCCACUAACAAGUCCAGCCUCCGAAGCAGAGGUCAGCUGCAGGAAAAACCCUCUGCAGUCUGCUCAGAGGAGCUGUGCAAUUAGUAUUGAACUAGAGCAAGCUUUUUGGAAGGAACCAAACAUGACUAAAUGUAAACCACUUGAAAAACUUCCGAAUAAUAUUUUAGGCCUCCAAGAUAUCAAGAUAACAGAAGAGAAUGCAGAAGAUGUUAUAGAGCACAUUUUAUGCCUGUUGCCAGAUGCAACACUGGAUGUGGAAGAAUUAGAAAUCAUUGCAAGUAAAAUUUCUGAUAUUGUACAGCUUGCAGAUGUGAGUGUGACACUUGCAGAGACUGCAUUGUCUAUACUAGACCAUAUUUCGCUGCAAGAAAUAGAAGAUCAGAACGUUAGAAAAAUAACCAAUACUAUCCUGCAGACAACUGAGGAGAUAGGCUACAAGGUGACUUGCGCAGACAGAAAUACAUCGGUCAUAACCAAUUCCUUGGCUCUGUUGGUGUUGCGUCCAGAUCCCAGCACGUUUGGAGGACUGGCCUUUGGCAUUACCUCCUACAACAGAGGUGUGGAUCUCCAGAUCAAUGUGCAAGAAAACCCUUUCAAAAAUGCCUUGGCCUCAGUGUUUUUGCCAAAAUCCCUGAAGAACUUCCUAGGGAUCGAGUGCUGUGACCCAGACAAGCAUUCGAAGAUCCAGUUUAAGUUUUUUGGCACUACUUCACUUUUCGAGGAUGACAGUUUAACGCUGCAGAAGUUGAACACUUUUGUUGUGAGUGCCAGUGUUGAAAACGCAUCAAUUCAGAACCUUAAUGAGCCUGUGACUGUCACUCUUCGGCACAUAGACCGGAACACGGGCAAUACAGCAGUGCACUGCGUCUUUUGGGACUUUGGGAAGAACAAUGGACUGGGUGGUUGGAAUACAUCAGGGUGUGAAAUGGAAUAUACAGAUAUGAAUUACACAAUCUGUUUUUGUAACCAUCUUACCCAUUUUGGAGUCCUACUGGACUUGGCCCGGACAGAAAUAGAUGUCACACAUGAUCAUAUAUUAACUCUGAUAAGCUAUUCAGGAUGUGGUGCUUCUUCCCUUUUUUUGGGAAUAACGCUGGUGACAUAUCUAACCCUUGAGAAGCUGCGGAGAGACAAUCCUUCAAAAAUCCUGCUCAACCUUUGUGCUGCACUGCUGAUGCUGAACAUGGUCUUCCUCACCAAUUCCUGGCUGUCUUCAUUCAACCAGCCAGGCCUCUGCAUCACCAUGGCCACGCUCCUUCACUAUUUCCUUCUUGCAGCUUUCACGUGGAUGUGCCUGGAGUCUGUUCACUUUUACUUGGCUCUUGUCAAAGUUUUCAAUGUUUAUGUCCCAAAGUACAUCCUAAAAUGCUGCAUUGCUGGCUGGGGUAAGCAAGCAGAUUUCUUCUCCACUUCUGGGCUUGUCAACUUCUCUAAGAUUGGGGAAUAUUUGCAAAAGCAAGUGAGGACACUGAGCUAGCAGAAAUUACCUGAGCUGUAAGGAUGGAUCUCUCCCCCCAGGCAAGUUCAGCUUAAAUUUCUUCUGCUCAGGGAAAUAUUAGCAUAAAGUGCCUGUU